UAAGAUCCAGCAAAAUGACCCCGCGUCAGACAUACUGGAGCGACAGGAAACGGUGGCCUGCUCGCGUGUUGUCUAUGCUUUGUUGCAUCGUCAUACUCUUACUUGUUGCACUAUUCUUUGCCUUCUUGUAUAUCAUCCUUAAAGAUCUUCGGACAGCAAGAAUAAUAGCCGAGGAUGGAUCGGAAGUGAGAAUAUUAGGGUUCUGGAGUCUGUUGGUCCUCUCGUCAUUAGCGGGGAUCUCGUGUUGCAGUUUUUCAUGGACCCUCACGUACUUUGACUCAUUCGAACCCGGAACCUUUCCUCCGACCCCACUCUCCCCUACACGUCUCAGGAGGUUGACUGGACACUCAUUCCAUUUGGGCUACAACAUGGCCAUUCUAAACGGCAUAGUGGCCGCGCUUACCGUCAUCUGGUGUCUCACCUGA